AACAGGUAUAUAUUGAGCCGUGGUCACUCUGACAUCAGAGCGCUCCGGGCUUCUUCUCAUUGAACUCCUAAAGCUGUCGCCAUGAACUUCCUCGGUGUGUUAACCUGCGUCAGUGUGCUGCUGGCAGCAGCUUCCACCCAGGCACCCAAACACUGUGUUUCUCCACCUCUGAUGAGCGGUCAGUUCACUUUGAUGGCUGGUAAUGGAGUCUACCUGUCGACUGGUUCAAUAAGCUCUGAUGCUUUUGGAAAGAGGAUGCGGGUUAGAAAUAAUGUGAUGGUUGGCAAUCAGAGCACUGGAAUAGAUGAGCUGAUGCUUUUCAAUGAGGAAGCCUACUAUGAGAUCAACUGGAAGACCAUAUCCUGCAAGAAGAAGCAGCUGGAUUCCUCCUUCAUUCCCAUGCAUGUCCCUGAGGACGCCAGACUGAUGGGUCAAGUGAUCAUGGGCUCAUCCUCCUCCUGGGGAAUGGGUGUUCUAGUCAACACCUGGUAUGGAACGCUGCCAAACAACGGUUCAUAUUCAACAGUCUUUUCCGAGAUUGGCUGUAUCCCAAUGACCUACAGUGUCCACUAUCCUCAAACUGGAUGGAUCACCUUAAGCACCUACAACUGGGUCCUGGGUAAUGUGAACCCCAUGGAUUACCACCCACCCUUCUUCUGCCAGAAGGCUAAACUGGAGGUGUCAGAUAUGCCACCAAACUUUUUCACCGUUUUACAUUCUUUGGCUCUGCAGUCUAAGAAAGAUGAGUGAAUCUGGGGAGCCGCUCACUAAAAUAAUGAUUUUGAAAGUAGAAAAUGGCAGAUUUAAAUAAAUAAAGCCAUUAUUGUGAUUUAUGAUACUCAGAAUGA